UUGUUGUUUCCUUUUGUCAACGAAGCCCCGUGAAGCUGGUUUGGGAUCAGGAGCCCCUACCGCUAUAUAACUAGCAGACUAACCCACACGUGCCCACGACAAACUGUUCUGUCGAUCGUUCUUGGACCGGCUCACGUCGAUAGAAUCUCGCUACAGCUUACAGCCACGAACAUCAUGACGGACACCGCUGGUUCCGCGUAUGUGGCCCUUUCUCAGGGCUUCGGAUAUGGCAUUAUCUUAGGUUUAGGGUUCGCUUUUGCCCUGGGCAUGAUAGGAACAACAUGGGCGUUGAAGCGAUAUCAUGGAGAGGUCCAAACCUCCGAAGCUUUCUCAACCGCCGGCAGGACUGUCAAAUCUGGUCUCGUCGCUGCCGCUGUCGUUUCUAGCUGGACAUGGGCUGCUACAUUGCUCCAGUCUUCUGGUGUGGCUUAUUCGUACGGUGUCUCUGGACCAUUCUGGUACGCGUCCGGAGCUACAGUCCAGAUCUUGCUUUUUGCUACCUUGGCCAUCGAACUCAAACGACGUGCUCCCAAUGCGCACACUUUUCUGGAGGUCAUCAAGGCAAGAUAUGGCGUCGUCACGCAUAUUGUCUUCUUGAUCUUUGGCCUCAUGACAAACAUCCUCGUAACGGCUAUGCUGUUGACCGGUGGCAGCGCAGUGGCGAGCUCUCUUUGCGGUGUCCCUACCGCUGCAGCUUGUUUUCUUCUUCCUGUCGGUGUCGUUCUAUACACCAUGUUCGGCGGGAUCAAGGCGACAUUUUUAACCGACUAUGUCCACACCGUGAUCAUUUUGGUCAUUAUCUUCGUCUUCGCUUUCUCUGCCUACGCGACAAAUUCAGUCGCGGGCUCACCAGGCAAAGUCUGGGAGCUCCUCGUCGACGCCGCCAAACGACAUCCCGUCAAGGGCAACCAUGAAGGCAGCUACCUGACCAUGCGUAGUCAGGAAGGAGCAAUCUUUUUCGUAAUCAACAUUGUUGGUAACUUCGGAACGGUUUUCUUAGACAACGGCUAUUAUAACAAAGCCAUCGCCGCCUCUCCCGUCGAUGCUCUGCCCGGCUACGUUAUGGGCGGCUUGUCCUGGUUCGCCAUUCCCUGGCUAUGCGCCACGACGAUGGGUCUCGCGGCCCUCGCGCUCGAAAAUAAUCCCGUUUUCCCAACUUACCCGAACCGCAUGGCCCACGCAGACGUCUCGGCCGGCCUUGUCCUCCCAUACGCUGCGGUAGCCUUGCUCGGCAAAGGCGGAGCCAGCGCCACGCUCCUCCUGAUUUUCAUGGCCGUCACGUCCGCUUCGUCCGCCGAACUCAUCGCCGUCUCGUCCAUCUGGACAUACGACAUCUACCAGACGUACAUCAACCCGAAAGCCAAUGGCAAAUUCCUGAUUCGCAUGUCCCACGUCUCGUGCAUUGUCUACGCGAUCCUCCUAGCAAGUUUCUCCACCGGUCUCUUCUACGCGGGUAUAUCCAUGGGAUACUUGUAUCUGAUGAUGGGCUGCAUCAUCUCCAGCGCGGUCAUCCCCGCCACGCUCGCGUUGAUGUGGAAGGACCAGAAUUGGCAGGCUGCCGCUGGCGCGCCGGUACUGGGUCUUGCUUGCGCACUGAUCGCAUGGCUUGUGACGGCCAAGAAGGAAUGCGGCGUGCUCAAUGUGGAUUGUACAGGCUCGAACAAUCCGAUGUUGGCAGGCAACGUGACAGCGCUGCUGAGCCCGCUGCUCUUUGUGCCGAUCCUGACUUACGGCUUUGGCCGCCAGAAUUACGACUGGCAGAGCAUGAAGGCCAUUCGCAGGGGCGAUGAUAGCGACAUUAUCCGCCGUGCCAGCGUGAGUGUCGAGUCGGAUGUCGUGCCCACGGUGACGAGCCAGAGCGCGGAGCAGGAGGCUGCAGAGCAGAAGAAGCUGAAGAAGGCGGCGAUCAUUUCGAGGAGCUUGACGGCCUUCAUGACCAUCGCCUUGCUCGUACUCUGGCCGAUGCCGAUGUACGGGAGUGGAUAUGUGUUUAGCAAGAAGUUCUUUACCGGCUGGGUCGUCGUCGGUAUUCUCUGGCUAUUCUUCAGCACCCUCUGCGUGGGCGUCUUCCCGCUCUGGCAAGGCCGCAAGACGAUGGCUCAUACGGUCAAGUCCAUCCUUCUGGAUAUUUCGGGCAAGAAGCACCCUGCUAUUCAUGGUCGUGCCAGCGCAGUCGGUGACGAGGAGACAAGUGGUGUCGCCACGCCAGAUGAGAAGACUGCUGUCAAGGGCGAAUAAGGAUUUCCCAAAGGGCUGGGACGGUUCACCAUUCCUUCCCUGGCGUCAAACGACCCACUCGUCCACCUCAACAGAUGGCACAAUCAUGAUACCUAAGGAGAAGGCCUGGCAGGCGCACGUGGAUGAGGAACUUAGAAUAUACAAGGUAUGGACCGUAGAGUGGUGCAUUCCUGGAAGAAGGCUACUGCCAUAGAAUGAAGACCGCGACAAUUGAGAAGACUGCAAUCAUUGGAAUUCAACAUAACGCCUCGUUAUUUUAC